GUGGAAAUGUUCCUGAAGCGGGUUAGUAAACCUGAGGAGGAAGCCCCAUCCCAGCCAGUCACCCCUCAGGGUAAAGCAGAGGCAUUGUCUGUGAGCAGCAGCGACUCAGAGGGUCAGGAAGGUGUUCCUGCCACACAGACUGCAACGCUGAGUGCUGAAAACCAAAAGCCGUCGUCUUCCAGCACAGCCUGCACAGAACCUGGAGAGAGUAACCUUGAGGAGGUGGUGCAGGAUGCUGCAGGGAGGGCUGAGCAUGGAACUGGACGACAGCUUGUCUCUCUGGAUAUUCCCGAUUAUCUCCAAGCAGAAACAGAGGACACCAGCCAAGCUGUAGGUGAAAAAAGUACCACGAAGAAAAAGAAGAAAAGAAGAAGAAAUAAAAUUGCCCUGAAACCUAUACCUGCUGAGAUUGCUGCUGAUCCAGAGCUGGUCAAGUACUGGGCACAGCGCUACCGGCUGUUCUCUCGGUUUGAUGAGGGAAUUAAGCUAGACAGAGAGGGUUGGUUUUCUGUUACUCCUGAGAAAAUAGCUGAGCAUAUUGCUGUCCGCGUUAGUCAGUCGUUCAGCUGCGAUAUCAUAGUGGAUGCAUUCUGUGGGGUUGGAGGAAAUGCUAUUCAGUUCGCACUGACCUCAAAAAGAGUGAUUGCUAUUGAUAUUGAUCCCGAGAAGCUGAGUCUUGCGCGCAACAACGCGGAGGUGUACGGCGUGGCAGAUCAGAUAGAAUUCAUAUGUGGAGACUUCAUGGUGCUGGCUGCUGACCUGCAAGCAGAUGUUGUGUUCCUCAGCCCACCGUGGGGGGGACCUGACUAUGCCACUGCCGAAAUCUUCGAUAUCCAAACCAUGAUUUGCCCAGACGGAUUUGAAAUUUUCAGGCUCUCCAAGAAGAUCACCAACAAUAUUGUGUAUUUUCUACCUCGUAAUGCUGAUAUUGACCAGGUGGCUUCCUUAGCAGGCCCAGGAGGGAAAGUUGAAAUAGAGCAAAAUUUUCUCAAUAACAAACUGAAGACAAUAACAGCUUAUUUUGGUGAUCUAAUAAGGCAUGACAUCUGAACUCAGUGUGGAUUCUUCCAAACAUCCCUGACUGUGCUUUGCUUAAGCUUUUGUACAGCUGGCUGGUCAAAAAUGACUUAAAGCCAUUUUCCACUUUAAUUUCUGUUUACAGAAAUUUGUUCUUUUAUUCCUACUGUCAAUAAAUGUUUUAUAAUUAUUUUG